AUGGACAAAAAAGUGAAAAAGCCCGGAUUCAUAUACAUAUACACUUAUGAGCUUAUGUAUAAUUCAUUACUAUGUGGAAAAUUAGAAGAACUGGAUUGGCUCUUUGUUGAUGAUUCGAUCUUGUCGCCAGAUAAACUUGCUCGACGGAAAUGGAUUGACGACUGUCAGAUUCUUUGUAAAAUUGGAAUGACCACGAAACCUUCCGUUAGCACACGUCUUUUACAAUGGCAGAAUACCUGCAAGCACACAGUGGUUAACCUAACACCAGAUAAGGUUGAGCUUUUGUGCAAUAGACGAGAUUCCGAAAAGAGUUUCUCAAAAAUGUUCCAAAAGCUCUCCAUCAAAUCUACCAAAAAAACGAAAAAUUCCAUUGCUGAACGAUUGCUGACGUAUCGGGAUGGUGGAUUUUAUGUUGAUCACAGAGGGAAGAGGCCCAUAGAGGAAAUCGAGAAUGCCAUUCACAAACUGUUGUGGAAAAAGUACGGGCAAGGUUUGAUAUACUGCUAUGGAUGCGACCCUUCUGGAAAAAAAAGGCAUAAAGAAUGGUUCAGAAUAACCAUUAAGGAGCUUCCGUGGCUGCUACAAACGAUAGAUGCAAUUUGUCAUGGAAAUGAUAUUUAG